UUUUGGCUGAGGUACCCGAGAUGGAUGCCACGACGAAGCCCCUGCGAAUCCCCCCAGAGAUGGCUGUGUAUGCGGAAGAGCACGGGGUAUUUGAGAUCAUCCAGAAAAUGGUGGAGAAGCUUUUAGUCGAUCGGCCGGAAGACACCAUCCAGUACCUUAUAGAUCAUCUGCGCAACAAUAAUGAUGACGCACCAAGAAUUGUUAUUUUGGGUCCUCCUGCAUCUGGGAAACACACCAUGGCGACGCUGCUCGGUAAGCGCCUGAAUGCCACUCACAUCACUCCAGAGAAUUUGUUGUCAAACGAUGUCUCUUUGCUGGCGAAGACGGCGCUCUCGUACAAACACAAAGGCCAGGAAAUCCCAAAUGAACUGUGGACCCAGCUCAUCCGGGAGAGGCUGUCUGAAGUGGACUGCGUAAAAAGAGGUUGGAUUCUGGAAGGAUUUCCGAGGACUCGCGAGCAGGCGUUAAUGCUUCAAAUGAACGGAAGUACCCCGGAUCACGUCGUGGUACUGGAUGCUCCCGAUAUUGUCCUCAUUGAGAGAAAUAUGGGGAAAAGGAUUGAUCGCAGAAACGGAGAGGUGUAUCACACUACCUUUGAUUGGCCGGACGACCCAGAAAUACAGAAAAACUUGGUGGAGCCAGAGGGAAUCUCCGAGGAAGAGACCGGCCAGAAGCUUCUGGAAUAUCACAGAAACAUCCCCGGCAUUCUACGCACUUUCCAAAAGGUCCACAAACAAAUCAACGCAGACCAGCCAUGCAUGGAUGUAUUUUCACAAGUACUGACUUUUGUGUUAAGCAAGCCUCGAUCUGCGGCCCCCCACACUCCGCGGGUCUUGAUGUAUGGCCCACCGGGCAGCGGCUGUACCCUGCAGGCAGCGUUACUGGCUCAGAAAUAUGGUGUCAUUAACAUCUCCUGUGGCCAGCUGCUAAAAGAAGCCGUCGCCAACGAGAAGAAAUACGAAGAGAUGAUUGCCCCGUACAUCGAGAACUCACAGCAAGUUCCAAAUACUUUUGUACUGAAGAUUCUGACAGAACGACUCGGCCGACUGGAUUCUUCCACGUACGGAUGGGUGCUACACGGUUUCCCCAGAGACACCGAGCAGGCGGCGCUCCUGUCCGACGCCGGCUUCCAGCCCAACAGAGUUUUUUUCAUGGAUAUCCCAGACGAUGUUGCCGUAGAGCGCCUGUCUUACCGCGUGACAGAUCCCGUCUCCGGAGAGAGGUACCAUGCCAUCUAUAAACCAGCUCCCAGCACAGAGGUCCACCAGCGCCUGCAGAAAAACCCGAAGGAUGCCGAGGAGAGCGUUCAGGCAAAGUUAGACAUGUAUCACGCCAACAUGGAGGACCUGGAGGAGUUUUAUCAGAACGUCAUCCACGUCAACGCUGAUCAGGAUCCUUACACGGUCUUCGAGUUCAUCGAAAGCUGCAUCGUCAAUCCCCUUCCGAAGAGCGUCCCUGAGGACCCCGCGUCUCCCUAAUCUCACUCAGCACAUAGAUCGCUAUCAGACUGGAUGGGCAUGAGGAGUCAUAAAGGUUAUUAUAACCCAGGAACACCUCUGUCCCACCCCGUUUUGCCCGCAGAGCGCCGGUGGUAAGAGCCCCUCUUAAGCUCCACCUUUAUAGAUACCUCUCGUGAGGCAGAUUUGAUGCUUGUUCGUCUUAAACCCGCUUUCCCGCACAGGCACGCAAAUAAAUAAAAAAUACAACGUGAAGCCUUU